AUGCCGCCCGCCAUAGCACACUCGCCGACGUCGUCGAGACCCUCGACCGGCAGCGCCGGCCAAAUGACCGCCAGGCGCAUCGCCACCGACCUCGUCCGCCUCGUCGACACCGUGCUCCUCAGACAAGCCGGCUAUCUCGUCCUCGUGCCCGCCCUCGUCCUCGUCGAGAUCGCCCUCUGCGUCGCCACCAUCCGCAAGGUCCCCUUCACCGAAAUCGACUUCCAGACCUACGUCCAGCAGGCAAACCUCUUCCUCGAUGGCCAGACAAACUACGCCUACCUCGACCCUCCCGGCGGCAGCGGGCCCUGCGUCUACCCGGCAGGCCACAUCUACCUCUUCUCCGCCUUCUCCUACCUCACCCGCAGCGGCCAGGAUCUGCUCCCCGCCCAGGCCGUCUUUGGCGCCUUCAUGAUCCUCACCUUCUUUGCCAUCGCCGCCCUCUACCGCGCCGCCGCCGCGCCCCCGCUCCUUCUCAUCCCGCUCGUCCUGACAAAGCGCAUCCACUCCGUCUUCCUCCUGCGCAUGUUCAACGACCCGCUCGCCCUUUUCCUCGCCUACGCAUCCUUUGUCGUCGCACAGCGAAACGCCUGGAGGUCUGCCUCGCUCGUCUUCAGCCUCGCCCUCAGCAUAAAGAUGAACGUCCUCCUCUUCCUCCCCGCCUUUGCCGCCGCUCUCUUCCUCUUUGCCGGCUUCGUCGGCCUGCUUCAGGGCCUCGCCCUCAUCCUCGCCGCCCAGGUCGCCCUCGCUUGGCCCUUUAUCGCCCACGACCCCGCCAGCUACCUCGCCUACGCCUUCAACCUCUCGCGCCAGUUCGAGUACCGCUGGACGGUCAACUGGCGAUUCGUCGACGAGGACACCUUCCUCUCCCGCCCCUUCUCGCUCGCCCUACUCGGCGUCCACCUGUCGCUGCUCGUCGGCUUUGGCCUCUUUCGCUGGACCGGCCUGGGCCGCAAGCCCUUUUCCUGGCUCAAGAGGCGGUGGAGCAAGACGGCCGACGACGGGCGCAUGUCGCAGGAUCAAGCCCGCGAUCUGCUGCUGUUGCUCUUCACCGCAAAUCUCGUCGGCAUCGUCUGCUCGAGAAGCCUCCACUACCAGUUCUACUCGUGGUACUUUCACCAGAUCCCCUUUUUGCUCUGGCAGGCCAACCUCCCGCUGCCCAUCAAAUUCGUGCUUCCAGCAGCCAUCGAGUGGUCCUGGAACGUCUUCCCAUCCACCAACGCAUCCUCUGGCGUCCUCCUCGCAUCCCACCUCAUCAUGCUCGCCGGUCUCUGGACGUCUCGAAGCUACGGGCCGGACACGCAGCUCUCGAUCGCCAGCGAUGGACACGACGCCGAGACCAAGGUGCGUCCCGCCACCGUUGCGGGCAACCAGGACGUCGAAGAUGACCUCGAGGUCGAGCGCCUCGUCACCGGCAAGCCCCGAGCGCCGACCGCAGAGGUCGACCCAGCGACGAAGACGACUGAGCCCGAGGCACCGGCAGAAGAUCUGAGCGAGGACGGCGAAGAGGACGACGACGUCGUCGACGAGGAAGACGCCCUGAUCAAGACCUUCCGGAAGCGCAUCGCCGUGCGCAAAAAGGUCGUCGGAGCCAUCGGACGGGCCAUGCCGACGAUCCGACGCCUGCUGGUGGUGGCGGCGCUGGCGCUGCUCUUCGUCAUACCAGACCCGCACUCUCCGCUGUCAAAGGGGGUCUACGUGGAUGAGAACGCGCUCCAGCCGGGCCAGGCCCAGGUCUACUGGGACUACUUCGACGUCACCUACGCCGACAUGGUGUCGGAAAAGGUGGAUCGCAUUGGCCGCUUCGGCGACCGCGCCGCCCGCGCCGAGCUCAUCCGCUCCGAGCUGGCCUCGUACGGCCUCCAAGCGCAUCUGCAGAACUACAGCUAUCCCGCCGUCCUUGUCGCGCCCGCAGGCGAGGAUCCCGAGGCGCGCACGGGCACCAACGUCUACGCGCGCUCGCCCUCGCCCCGCAUCGACGGGAGGGAGGCCAUCAUCAUCUCGGCCAGCUGGCGAUCGAGGUGGCGCGGUCAGAACGACCCUUUCUCCGAGCCGGAUGCUGCCGCCCAGGCCGUCGACCGGGGCCUUGCGCCGCGCAGGAUCAAUGUCCGCGGCAUUGCCAGCCUGCUCGUGCUGGCGCGCUACCUCUCGACGCAAAACUUCCUAAGCAAGGACCUGAUCUUUGUCGUGAGCGACGGCUACCUCGAAGGCAUCAACGCCUGGUCCUCGGCCUACUUUGACGGCCGGCCCGGUGGCGCGAUGGAGCAGGGCGACAGAGACACCGCCGCCUUUGCGCCGAUACACGACGGCGGGUCGCAGGUAUGGAACGCCCUGUCGCUCGACUACCCGUCCGACUCGUUUUCCAAGCUGGCACUGCUCUACGAGGGCAUCGAUGGCCAGCUGCCCAACAUGGACAGCCUCAACACGCUGCUCAAGAUCGCCGAGAGGGUGGGCGACGGCGUGCCCGUGUCCUUGUACGGAGAGGUCGAAAGCUUCGAGGCGGCGGGCGCGUCCAAGCAGUCGUGGCUGAAGCCGUUGCUCGAUCUGAUCGGCAUGGGCUGGGUCGAGACGAGGAUGUACGAGGACGGCCUCCGCGCCGCGCUGCAUCAGAUGCGGCAUGGUGCCACCGGUCAGACGACGGGCGCCCACGGCGUGUUCCAACGGCACCACAUCGAUGCCUUCACCGUGUUUGCCGUGCCGGCGCGCGGGCCGUACGGCUUCUACCACCUCGGACGCAUCGUCGAGUCGUACGUGCGCUCGAUGUCGAACCUGCUGGAGCGGCUGCACCACUCGCAGUUCCUCUACCUGCUCGUCUCGUCUCGCCGCUUCGUGCCGAUCGGCGUGGCCAUCCUGGUGCCGCUGCUGCUGUCGAUCUCGAUGACGCUGUCCGGCCUGGCGGCGUGGUACCGCGAGGAGGAGCGCAGCUUGGAGAGGAAGAGGGCGUGGAGGUCGCGCGUCGGCCUCGAUGCGGCCAGCGUCGAGGGCGUCGACGCCGACGCCGACGUCGACAUGGAGGAGCCGUCCGAGUGGCAGACGCGCGGGCGGUGCGCCACGCUGUGGAUCAAGCACGGCAAGGCGGCGGGCGGACUCGCCGUCAAGGAGAUCGAGGCUGAGGUCGAGCGGCUGCAGCAGACGGGGCGACCUUGGAAGGCUGCAGUUGCGCUCCUCGUCGCUGCCAUAUCGAGCGGCGCGCUGGUGCUGGCGCAGCUGCGCCGGUCCGACAUCGAGCUCGGUGGUCUGUCCGGCAACACCCGCAUCGCCGUCCUGGCUGCGACUCUCUUCAUGCCCGCGCCGCUGGCCGCGCUGGUCAAGUACCGGUCACACUGCGCCGCCGACCAGCUGCGGCCGCUGCUCCGCACCGUCACGCUGCUCUACAGCGGCAUGACGAUUGCGGUGCUGGCGACGGUUAACGUGUCGCUCGCCACGUUUCUUGCCCUCGUCCUGGUGGUGCUCCACGCCCCGCUGCCCUCUGCGCUCAUGGCGUGGGCGCUGUCGUGGGCGCUCAACCCGCUCGUGAUCCCGCUGCUGGUCGGCGCCGUCGACGCAGCGGGCCAGGUGACGGCGCCCCUCGAGACGGCCCUCUACGACUGGAGGGUCACGCGCAGCCGGACGGUGGAUACGUGGGCCCUCAUCUGGUGGCCCGUCGCCGUCAUCCGGGCCAUCGAGGCCGCGCUGGCGCUCGCCUCGUCGUCGUCGGCGGCGGCGGCGUCGUUGUGA